CUGUAGUGCACAUCUUCACAAACCCUGUCCUGCUGUCUACCAUCCCAGCCAGAUGUUGUCAUCAGAGGUCUUUGUUCCUGGUUGGCUGCAGCAGCUGCUGGUCGUGCUGCUCAGGUUUGUGCUGUCCUGCGCGGCCCCGGUGAACCUGACCAAUGGGAUGGAGUGCGGCGCUCGAGGACCCGCCUCUUACAUCCUGGUGUUCACCGGCCACUGGAGUCCACAGACCUUCCCCAAACAGUAUCCCUUAUUCCGACCACCUGCGCAGUGGUCCAAACUCAUGGCCGUGACCCAUAAUGAGCAGUACCAGCUGUGGCAGGAGGGGGCGCCUGCGAGCGAUGGCAUGAAGAGCUUUGCUGAGCAGGGACUCACAGUGGAUCUGGUGAAGGAUGCGAAGGAGGCGAGGAAGAGGCGAACGGUGGGGUCCAUGUACCGCACAGCCGGGAUCCCCUCUGGUAUCGGCCACAGCUCCACAGAGCUGCUCCUGACGCCCAGGACCCCACUGCUGUCUCUGAUAGUGAAAGUGAUCCCCAGUCCAGACUGGUUUGUGGGGGUGGACAGUCUGAACCUGUGUGAGGGUGGGCAGUGGAAACAGGAAGUGACCUUUGACUUGCACCCAUUUGAUGCUGGCACAGAUAGCGGCUUCACUUUCUCUUCACCAAACUUUCCAACAACACCCCCAGAAAAUAUCUCCAUGAUCUCCUCUCAAAAGCCAAACCACCCUGCAAAUUCCUUCUAUUACCCUCGGCUAACUGAACUCCCGCCUUUGGCCACUAUUUGGGUGAAGCGACAGGGCCGCACACCUGUCCGUCAACAGAACCGACUGUCCAAUCACAUCCUGCCUGACACAACCAAACUCAACAGAUUCUCAGAAACGCCGCUGGACUGCGAGGUGUCCAUGUGGUCGUCCUGGGGCCUGUGUCUGAGGCCGUGCUCUCGGGGCGGCCUGCGCCAUCGCACCCGUUACAUCCUGCUCAAACCCGCCAACAGCGGCACGCCGUGCCCCGAGCUGGAGGAGCAGGAAGAGUGCACGCCGCACAACUGCCUGGCGUAUCAGUGAUGCCGGUCACACCGCUGGCAUAGACACUUUGACGCUGUCCAAGCGGAGAGCCGAGUUUAACCUCAUGCCAAUGCUGAGUCACUGCCGCAGAAUGUGGGAGAGCCGCCCGACUGGACGUCCAGUGAGCGGCAUUGGCUCCUCUCCUCGCUGGAAAAGAGCGACUCGUAUUCUGUUAAUAGAGACUUUGAUUAUGGGUGCUGUACUCGCAGUAAUCUCAGUGUAUCUUUGCGUAAUCGCACACUAUUUUGCCAAUAUAGAUUUGUGGAAUAGAUGACUUGCAGUUACCCGACCACUGUUUUUAUCAUAACUACAUGAAAUAACAUAAGCCUUCUCCUUCUGAUCUCACAACAAUAGCAACCUUUUUGAAGUAGCUGAGGUGGGCUUUGAAUGAUUUGUAGUGGGCUUUAGAAGUCAACUAGUAGUCUAUUAGUGGUCAAAUAAGACUUGAAGACACCCUCAUACAGGCCUAAUUAUGUUCAAAAUGCAGUAUGCAUAAAGUUUACAAUAUUAUCUUGUGAGGAAUCACACAAAACUAGCUGUCAUAUGUCAUUUAUCAAAUAAGGGACCGUUUAGAUGUUGCCAGUCAAGAGUUUGUAAUCACAAAGAUUGUUUAAUGUUUUUGAAAGAAGUCUCUUAUGCUCACCAA